AUGCUCUUCCAGUCUCUAUUCACUGUGUUAACUGUCUUCGCCGCCUCCCUUACCACUACCGAUGCUGCAGGCAGUGCAGGCUAUACCUGCGAAGACUGGGGUAUCGUCCCCAACACUGCUACUCUCUCAGCUACUUGCAUGAACUCCAUCGGCCAAGGCCACUCUACUUCGAUUCCGAUUAGCAACUGCGUCGGGAACCAGAACGGAGUGCCCGGAUGCCAGUCUAAAGGAGGCGCGGGUGGAUCAUGCAUAAUCCAUAGCGUCAUCGGCUCCAUCGGUUUCGAGGCUGUCAUCAUUAACGUUUCGUGUACAAGGGACGACCAGAGUGAGAAUGAUUUGAACUUCGACGUCGUCCGCUGGGAGUAA